AUGACCCUGUCCACCUUUCAUGCCGACUUGUACUUGUUCGCAAUGGCUGACGUUUGCGUCAGCCAGCAGUGUGGGCUAUGUUGCUUCAAGCUCUAUAACGGCGAGGAUAUUAUAGCUGGUGCCUGCACGGCGACUCUCUGCUGUUCUCGAGGUGUUGACAUACAACUACGAACCCGCAAGGUCGGAUACCAACUGGGCUGUACUAUAGCCAACUCACGCACAACUGUUAUCGGCAUGUCCCAACGAAUCUGGGCCCACUUCACAACGUUUGAGGGCGUUGAUUACAUAGCACCCCUGAACAACGCGGCAGACCAUCUUCACGCUGAGCUCAUUUUCGAACCCGACCCUGCUCGCUCUGUGAAGACUGUCUACAUCGCGGAGAACCAUCUUGGUGCCAGACAGAUAAUCUUCCAUCACUCGGAAACACCCCUGGCACUGGAGCCAUGCGAGGAGCUAUGGUGGCGAAAUCUCCACCUCAAGGGUCCUACCAAACUUGUGCUGCAGAGCGAUCUGGAGGAGUCCCCGCCGCCGAAUAGAAUGUCGUCGUUGCUGUUGAACGAUUCGGGUAUCAUCGGCUACGCCUUUUAUUGGAAGCUUCGUCUCGUGUCCAUGCAUGCCGUCACUUCGGAGCAAGACUUGUCAUUUUACGACAGGGAUCAUGAUGGCCUCUGGAUAUACGUCCCACUUCUUGAGCGAGAGUUGAUUACUGAAAUCUGGAUACGUGGCCAAACGAAAUGGGACAUGUCGUUGAUCCUGAAGACAAGCCGGGAUCGCGUCGUCAAUGUGGGGCCUCACCUGACGAUCAUGCCUUGGACUCCCGUCAGAUUGUUAGAGCGUCCGAACCAACAAACAGCCAGCUGGAUUCUCUUUGAGUUGUCGCGGGUUGGCAUCCGCAACAUGGGAUUCGCCGGCGGCUGGCUACACCAUUUCUCUUCCAGCACUAACGUCCAAGAACCCCGGGAAUGA